GCGCGCACCAUUGUGUGGCUGGACUCGGCCGCCGCUGCGGUGGGUGGUGUGUGUCCGGGCCCUCGCUGUCCCCGCACCCGCACCGCGGCUUCUGUCUUGCGGUCCGCCGUUCGACAGCCAGCCCUCGGGCCCCUCGCCCGCCGCGGACAUGCCGCGCGUCUACAUAGGACGCCUGAGCUACAACGUCCGGGAGAAGGACAUCCAGCGCUUUUUCAGUGGCUAUGGCCGCCUUCUCGAAAUAGAUCUUAAAAAUGGGUACGGCUUCGUGGAGUUCGAGGACUCCCGCGACGCCGACGACGCCGUUUACGAGCUGAACGGCAAGGAGCUCUGCGGCGAGCGCGUGAUCGUGGAGCACGCCCGGGGCCCGCGCCGCGAUCGUGACGGCUACAGCUACGGAAGCCGCAGUGGUGGAGGUGGAUACAGCAGUCGGAGAACCUCUGGCAGAGACAAAUAUGGACCACCUGUACGCACAGAAUUCAGGCUUAUUGUAGAAAAUCUUUCUAGUCGUUGCAGUUGGCAAGAUUUAAAGGAUUUCAUGAGACAAGCAGGUGAAGUAACCUAUGCGGAUGCUCACAAAGAACGCACAAAUGAAGGCGUCAUUGAGUUUCGCUCCUACUCUGACAUGAAGCGUGCUUUGGAUAAGCUGGAUGGUACGGAAAUCAAUGGGAGAAAUAUUAGACUAAUUGAAGAUAAACCACGAACAAGCCACAGGCGGUCUUAUUCUGGAAGCAGAUCAAGGUCACGGUCUAGGAGAAGGUCACGAAGUAGGAGUCGUAGGAGCAGCCGCAGUAGAUCUCGAAGUAUCUCAAAAAGUCGCUCCCGAUCCAGGUCUCGGAGCAAAGGUCGAUCACGUUCUCGUUCAAAAGGCAGGAAAUCUAGAUCAAAAAGCAAAUCUAAACCUAAGUCUGAUCGAGGCUCCCGUUCACGCUCUCGGAGCAGAUCGAAGGAUGAAUAUGAGAAGUCUCGAAGCAGGUCUCGUUCUCGAUCUCGUUCCCCCAAAGAAAAUGGGAAAGGUGAUAUAAAGUCAAAAUCCAGAUCAAGGAGCCAGUCUCGUUCCAAUUCACCCCUACCUGCUCCACCCUCAAAGGCCCGUUCUGUGUCCCCUCCACCAAAAAGAGCUUCAAGAUCCCAUUCUAGAUCUCAUUCAAAGUCAAGGUCACGAUCCAGAUCGAGUUCCAGAGAUUAACCCAGAACUCUACAUUCUUUGCACACUAUUACGGAACACUUUCCUACUUGCUUAGGCAGUUACUCUUCCACAUUUGUACUUGGCCUCUUCUGCAAGAAGAAUCUCCCGAAAACAGGGGCAUACAAAAAUUGGAUUUGUAGCCAAAUUUGAUGAAAAAGAUGAGGUUCUAAAGAAAUGGCAUGAAGUCAAAGAUCCUCUCCCUUUGUAGAAUUAAGAUAACUUUGAUUUUAUAGCUUUUGAGCUAAAAUAACUUUUGUAAAGAUUAAGCUCAUUUAGAUUUUUUUUUUAAGUAUUUCAGCAGGAUCUGCUGCAAGGGUUUCUGUCAUUGUUAUAUUUGUUUGCUUAAUUUUAAAUUAACCGUUUCAAGCUUUGAACACUUAAGGCUUUAGAGGGAGAACCCAAUUUCCAAUUAUGUUGGCUUUUUAUAAAGCUUGAGUUAUGUAAGAUUUCAAUAAAAGUUUGCUACCAAGAUGAUUGCCUUAUUGAAUAGGUCACUCUUAAAUUCCUUUAAAUAUUGAUUAUCUGCUGUCUGUGGAAAUAAUGUAAAUUCUACUUAAGUGUAAAACAAGGCAAGUCUCAGACCAGCAAUAAAUUAUUCAAUUUGGAUAACA